AUGAAUUCAUCUCCAUUGCACAACAUCAUCCAUCACCAGGAUGAAUUAUUAAUUAUUUUUUCCUUUCUUUCUCAGAGUGAAUUACUAGUCGUGAAAUUGGUUUGCAAAUUUCUAAAUGAAUUUACCGAUCAUGACUUGUUAUGGAAUAAUUUUUAUGUGAAAUAUUUGGAUAAAAUUAUAAAAUUUUAUGAAAAACAAUUCAAUUCGGAACAAUCGAAAUAUUCACUUUCGAAACAAUGUGGAGUGAAAGCGGAGAAGUUGAUCUCUCGCGAUUUGUUGAGACCUGUCACUUGUAAUUUUAAAAAGCAUUUAAAUGAAUUAUUUCGACCCAUUUCGAAAUUGGAGAAAAUAAUUCGAAAACAUAGACAACAUGAAAUUCAAAAUUGUGUUCCAUAUAUACCCAACCCUUUACCGUUUUUUACAAUUCAACAAGGUCAUGAUCAAGAAUUUCAGAAAAAUGUCACUAAUCAACCCUUUAACUUUCUACCAAAACAAGAUAAUGGACAUAAAAUUUUGUUUCUAGGAGAUAGCUACGUUGGAAAAACAUGUCUCGGAAGAGUAUUUUGCAAUGAGGAAUUUCCAAAAACACCCACCAUGUAUGAGCCAACCACGAUUGAAAAAGAUCUUCCAUUCCUGAAUGGAAAAAUUAAGUUGACAAGUUGGGAUUCUCCAGGAGCGUUUGAAUAUUCACGUCUAUUGCCCUUAAGCUAUCCAUAUACAGAGGUGUUCAUGUUGUGCGUGGCAUGUAAUUCCAUCGAUUCCUUAUUCAACGUUCAUUCGAAAUGGAUUCCUGAAAUUCUUUACCAUUGUGGUAUAGAUGUCACUGACAGGAAAACAUCAACAACAACAAUAUUCAAUCAUCAUGAAACACUUCCAAAAAUUGUUUUACUAAUGACUAAAAUCGAUUUACGAAAACGAGCAUUACAUCUUGUACUGGAACAAGAAAAAUUUUUAUGGAGCCAUGAAGAAGGUAUGAUGAUGGCCAAAAGGAUGGGAUGUUGUUCCUAUUUGGAAACAAGUGCUGUGGAACAUAUAGGAGUAGAGGAUAUUACAGAGGUCGUAUUUCGAGUAUUGUAUAAUGAUCAAUUGGUAACGACUCGACAUGAUGUGAAAGAAACGACACAUUCUCGUUGUUGCUUGUUGUUGUAA